AUGCUUGGCCCAAUGGUUAGAUCGUCGUGUUUUAGCUUUGAAUCUGCCCAUAACUUCUUCAAGGAAUUAGCAAGAAAGCAGAAUUUCAAGAAUUUACCAUUGUCACUAGCAAAGCGCCAUCAGUUCAACUUGUGUUGCAACUUCGGUGAUGCUGCGGAAAACCCAAGUUCGCAUCCUUUGUUUUUCAGUGAGAAAACGUUUGGUGUAUUAAAGAUGGUGAAUGCAGAAGUGUGUCUGUCAUUGCGAGAAAGAUUUAAUUCAUGCGGGCUUCUACCUGGUAUUGAUCUUGUAAAUGUGUACAAAGUUAGCUGGAUCACGCUUUUUGGCACAAAGUAUGCGAAAUCUGGUGUUAUUGCUGUUGAUGUUGCUGGAGACCCUGCACUGCCUGUUUUUGGUGUAAUCCUGUGUAUAUGGUCUAUUCUCGACUUCGUGUAUUUUGAUGUACGAUUGCUCCAUACACAACGUUUUGAUCAUAAAUAUCAAGCCUAUUGUGUCAGAAAUGUUGAAAAUUAUGAGGAUUGUACUACAAUUUGUCCAUAUGAUAGUUUAGUGGAUUCCAAUGUCUUUCAUUGUAAGAAAGAUAAACAUGGUAACCAGUAUGUUCCUGUUAAAUAUUACCUAUGUGACAUAAUUGAAGAACAUGCAGAAGGACGAAAUCCUCUUCAUUAG